UAUUUUUCCCAUCUGUGCCUUUUUAUUUUAUUUGCUUAGUGGUUACUCCAAAGUCUACAACAUGAUUUUAACUUAAAAGUUCACCAUCAAAUAAUAUUAUGCCACUUCACGUAAACAUGUAAGAACCUUUUAACAACAUACCUCCAUUUUCCCCUCCCUUCCUUGUUUUCUUGCUUUUAUUAUUUUACCUCUCCAUAUGUUAUAAACUUUACAAUAAUGCACUAUUAUUUUUGCCUUAAACAGUUGUCUUUUAAAAUGAUUAAAAUGAGAAACACUUUAUACCCUAUAGUUACCAUAUAUUUACCAUUUUCAUAACUCUUCAUCUUUUGUGCAAAUUCCCAUUUAUAUCACUUUAUCUCUACCUCAAAAAUGUCCUUUCAUGUUUCUUAUGUGCUGGCAAAGAAUCCUUUUUUCUUGUUGUUUUAUUUCAGUGCUUUAAAGUGUCUACAGUUGUCUUCUGUCUUUCAGUUUCUGAUGAUAAGUUGGCUGUAAGUCUCAUCUUUGUUCUUUUGUAGAGAAUAAGCCUUUUUUUCCUCUGGCUGCUUUCACUAAGGCAUGACCCACUGGAAUCUCCUCUGAAUGUCCAGAUCUCCCAGCUGGACAUUGGAAAUAGCUUUUGAUGGUUUAGGGCCUCUUUCACUUGACACCCAGGAAAUGAGCUUUGACUGUUAGGCACCUGGAUGAAGAGCCCUGGAUUCAGCUUGUCAGAGUCCUGUAACCUGCAAAGACCCUCUGGUUGCACUAGGAUCAUUCGACUAAAGUAAAAAGAUGGCCUAUCAGAAGGUCAAUGCAGAUCGAAGAGCUCCAGGACAUUCACAGUACCUAGACAAUGAUGACCUCCAAGCCACUGCCCUUGACUUAGAGUGGGACAUGGAAAAGGAACUGGAAGAGCCUGGUUUUGACCAGUUCCAGCUAGAUAGUGCUGAGAAUCAGAACCUGGAGAAUUCAGAGACUGCAGACCUCAAUCUUGAUCCCAUUCAACCAGCAACUUCACCCAAAGGAAGGUUUCAGCGACUUCAAGAAGAGUCUGACUAUGUGACCCAUUAUACAAGAUCUGCACCAAAGAGCAACCCCUGCAACUUUUGCCGCCUUUUAAAAAUAUUUUGCACAGCAAUCAUUUUAUUUAUUUCUGGAAUUUUGAUAGGCUAUUACGCACAUAAAAAUUGCUCUUCAAAUGCUACGUCUUCAGGAACACUUGAUCUUCAGUUAUACCAAGAGAUUCUCAAGACAAUCCAAGCAGAAGAUAUUAGGAAGUCUUUCAGAAAUUUGGUACAGCUGUACAAAAGUGAAAAUGACAUAGAAAUUUCAAAGAAGAUUAAGACUCAGUGGACUUCUUUGGGCCUAGAAGACGUACAGUUUGUAAAUUACUCUGUGCUGCUGAACCUGCCAGGCCCUUCUCCCAGCUCAGUGUCUCUGAGCAGCAGUGGCCAGUGCUUUCAUCCUAAUGGCCAGCCUUGCAGCAAAGAAGCCAGACAGCACAGCAGCCAAGAUCUGCUCUACUCAUAUGCAGCCUAUUCUGCCAGUGGAACUCUCAAGGCUGAAGUCAUUGAUGUGAGUUAUGGAAAUGCAGAUGAUUUAAAUAGGAUUAAAAAAAUGAAAAAUGUCACAAAUCAGAUUGCACUCCUGAAAUUAGGAAAACUGCCACUACUUUAUAAGCUUUCCUUAUUGGAAAAGGCUGGAUUUGGAGGUGUUCUUCUGUAUAUUGAUCCUUGUGAUUUACCGAAGACUGCAAAUCUUAGCUAUGAUACCUUCAUGGUGUCACUGAAUCCAGGAGGAGACCCUUCUACACCUGGUUACCCAAGUAUUGAUGGAAGCUUUAGACAAAACCGAUCAAACCUCACCUCUCUACUAGUGCAACCCAUCUCAGCAUCUCUCGUUGCAAAACUCAUCUCUUCGCCGAAAGAUAGAAUCACACACAGUGCCUGUAGCCCUCUAGAACUUCCAAAUAAUGAGGAAAGAAUUGUCAGCAUGCAAAUUCAGACAGUCACAAAAUUUGAAACAGUUACUAAUGUUGUUGGAUAUUUAAAGGGCUCGACAUCUCCAGACCGUUAUAUCAUAGUUGGCAGCCAUCAUCAUACCGCAUACAGUUAUAAUGGACAAGAAUGGGCCAGCAGCACUGCCAUCAUCACAGCUUUUAUCCGGGCCUUGAUGUUAAGAGUCAAGAGAGGGUGGAGACCAGACCGCACUAUUGUUUUCUGUUCGUGGGGUGGAACAGCUUUUGGAAAUAUUGGCUCUUAUGAAUGGGGAGAGGAUUUCAAGAAGGUUCUGCAGAAAAAUGUUGUGGCUUAUGUUAGUCUCCACAGUCCUGUAAGCGGUAACUCAAGUCUCUACUCUGUAGCUUCACCAUCUCUUCAGCAACUGGUGGCUGAGAAAAAUAAUUUCAACUGUUCCAGAAGAGGUCAGUGCCCAGAAACAAAUAUCAGUUCUGUCCAGAUGCAAGAUGAUGCCGAUUACUUCAUCAACCAUCUUGGAGUUCCCACCGUGAGGUUUACUUAUGAGGACAUCAAAGCAUUAGAGGGUCCAAGUUUUCUCUCUGAAGGCUUUUUCCCUAAACGUGCAACAAAAAUUGAAGAAAUGGAUCCUUUUUUCAAACUUCACGAGACCAUUACCAAGCUCUCAGGAGAAGUGAUUUUACAAAUUGCCAACGAACCAGUUCUGCCCUUUAAUGCUAUCGAUAUAGCUUUAGAAGUUCAAAACAGCCUUAAAGGUGAUCAACCCAACAUGCCUCAACUGCUAGCCCUGGCCUCACGCCUGCGGGAGAGUGCUGAACUCUUUCAAUCAGAUGAGAUGCGUCCUGCUAAUGACCCCAAGGAAAGAGCUCCCAUCCGUGUGCGGAUGCUGAAUGAGGUUCUCCAAGACAUGGAGAAGAGCUUCCUGGUGCAGCACGCACCCCCGGGGUUUUACAGGAAACAAAGAGGGAAGAAAAAGUCUCUUGUCUCUUCAGCAGCUCCGCGACCGUCUCUGGAGCUCCUUUAAGUGGCGUGCUCAACCCCCUUCUCCGUGCACCAGGAAACAAAGAGAAAUAUCCUGUACCACCUUGAUGGGAAGACAAGCCAGUUUUCAAUACUCCUGGAGGCUUGGGAACACUGCAAGUCACUUGCAUCAA